CCUGGGAGAUGAGGCUCCGGCCGAGCUGCGCCCUCACCACCCUGGCCUGCUUCAGUGCUGCCUCCUUCUUCGCCUGGUACGGCGACUGGAGCCGGAGCGAAGAAAGUAGAACUGGUUUCUAUGAAGGGCAGCUUUUGAACCUUCGCCAAAGACUUUUGUACGCUGAAAAAGAAAACAGAAAAAGAUCACGUGAGCUGUAUAAUGUCCUGAAUGAAAUCAAACAAUUCAUUGGUGUGCCAACUGCGAGUUCACUAAAUGUUACAGCCUCUGUGAAGUGCAAAGUGCCCAACCACAUCAACAAGCUCCCGUUAAAUCUUACAAAUAUCUUCUACUAUUUGCCGCAUCUCCGGAAGCAUGAAAACAGCAUCCAUCCAAAUGUCAUAAUUGGACAAGGAAGGACUGGGGUGUCUUUAGUAAUGGGCAUUCCAACAGUGCGAAGAGAAAAACAAAAUUAUUUGGUAGCUACUCUCAAGUCUCUUUUCUCUGGAAUAUCUGAAAUACAGAAGAACAAUUGUGUGGUAAUUGUCUUUAUAGCCGAGGCGAAUUUACAAUAUGUUAACCGCAUUACAGAUAGCAUCAUAAGCAACUUCCCAAAGGAGGUUGUCUCUGGAUUUCUUGAAGUUAUUUCCCCCCCUGCUUCCUAUUAUCCUCAGUUGUCUAACCUGAAACAAACAUUAGGGGAUUCACAGGAGAGAGUAAGAUGGCGAUCAAAACAAAUUUUGGAUUUUAGCUUCCUAAUGCUGUAUGCCCAACCAAAAGGAACAUUUUAUUUACAGCUAGAAGAUGAUGUUGAAGCCAAGCCUGAAUAUAUAGAGAUAAUAAAAGACUUCAUUGAGCAACAGAGAUCACAAGAGUGGAUGGUCCUUGAAUUUUCUCAGCUUGGGUUUAUUGGAAAAUUAUUCCGGUGUGGAGAUUUACCAUUGAUAGUAGAAUUCUUUUUGAUGUUCUACCGAGAUAAACCAAUUGACUGGCUUCUAGAUCAAUUGCUUACAGUUAAAGUUUGCCAUCCAGAGAAAGAUGCAAAACACUGUGAAAGGCAAAAGGCGUCUUUGCGUAUCCGUUACAAGCCAUCUCUCUUUCAGCAUAUCGGACUCCAUUCUUCUUUAACUGGAAAAAUACAGUUUUUGAAAGACAAAGACUUUUCCAAAAGCUUACUAUUUAAAGCACACGCCAACCCUCCUGCAGAAGUGACUACAAGCCUAAAAGCAUUCCAGCACUUUAAUCUAGUGAGGGCUUAUAGAGGAGUGGAUUGUUUCUGGGCUUUUGCACCUGUGGCUGGAGAUUAUAUCCUCUUCAAUUUUUGGCAUCCGUUGGAUAUUAAAAGCUACUUAUUUCGAAGUGGAAAUCCAGAACAUCCCGGCGACAAACUGACAAAUACUACUGUAGAUGUUUUGCCUGAUGGUGAGAUCGACUUACAAUCUGCAGGCCUACAAAAUGUCAAAACUUUAGAUGGAUAUUUUCAAAUAGGUGCAUUUGAAAAUGGAAGGGCAGAAGGCAUUGUUAGCCCAAUUUUUGGAAAAAUACGAUCUCUUCGAUUGUCUAUCCAUUCUACUUCCACCAUGUGGGUGUUACUGAGUGAGAUAUUUAUAAGGACAUGAAGAAAAAGAGAUGUCUUUGAGUCUUCAAUGCUGCAUUGGAGGAAGGCCAUCUAGUGGUAGCAACAAAAUGCUCAGCAAUAAAAUGAAUCUCCUUUCUAAUACUGUGUAUUGGGAUGGGGAACAUUGUACGUUUUGUAUAGAGUAUUAUUAAUGUUAAAAAGAAUCUGAUUAGAUCUUAAAUGCGGAAUUUGAAAUAUUUCUCAUAGCGAUUUAAAUGUCAAUGACUGUUUUGUAAAUAAAAUGCAUAUUGAUAGUUUGAACAAAUAUAAUAAGGCAACUAUCCUAUGCACACUAACUAAGCAAUACAUUCAAUUGAAGACUGGGAAAAUGUCCUGUAAAUUUCUUAAUUGGAGAUUGAUUAGUAGUACACUUAAAACAUUUUUGAAAUAAAA